UCUUGCGCUGGCGCGGUGCACGCUCGCUCUCUCUCUCACGCUCGCACGUUCUUCGACUUCUCCAAGUGACCGCGUUUGCCGACUGAAAAUACCGACUCGCGAGCUUUUCCGAGGCAUCGAAUCGUGGACGAAAGGACGGCCUGUGUCAAUUUGAGCAGAAAUUCCUGGGAUCGGACCCCGGAAUCCGAAACCUGUUCCCCUCCGCCGGCCGGCCGGCCGGCGGGACCAAAAGCGCGGGAAGCCAGGUCGCGCACGCGGCACCGUCAAGUUUGAGGUUAGGUCGCGUUUACAACGGACGACGACGCGCUGCUGCCCGCGGAACUCUUCGACGCCGAGGUUUUGAACUUGCCGGGCGCAAAUCGGUUGAAAAUAUCGUUUGGAGGGUUCUAUCGAGCGAGUAGGUCGCUUCUGCGGCAAGAACGGACGAGAAGCGUAGGGACGAUCGGUGAUACUUCGUUUUAAAAGUGAAAGUUUUUAAGCGGAGUGUACCGCGCGUGGCGAGCACAAGAGCACGCGGCCAUCGUUGCCAACGUAAAUUUUGGCGGUUGAGCAGUUGCACGCGGUCGGCGCGGCGCGGAGGUCUGAGUGAGGGCGACUCGUGGCGUCGUGCUUUGUUCCUGAGUGCACUGGCGGUGGAGGUGAGAGCGGCAUUGGGGGAUCUGUCCAGGAUUUGAGGUUGGAGCAGUCCCGAAUGGAGCUGCGCACUCCGAAGCGGGAAUCGCGCUCGCUGGCGGAGGCGUUGCCUCGUAGUCCACCGAUGUGCGACACGAUGCUGUAUCCCUGGAACUGGGGCGAAGAGGCGCGCAAUGCGAACCUGAGUCCGGGUAGUUCGUGUUCCUCUCCGGAGUACAGGGACCACGGCGGCGCGGCGACGCGCUCCGGUGGUGCGCCACGAUCCGGCGGAUCCGAGAGUCAUCGCAGAGGCAGACCCAGGGCUGACGCUUUGUCGAACCUCAUGAUGCAGGGCUCUACCUCUCCCAGCAGCAUCAAGUGUACCUACUGCAACCGAGUCUUCCCUCGGGAGAAGAGUCUGCAAGCACAUCUGCGCACGCAUACAGGAGAGCGCCCAUACCCCUGUGAUUACCCUGGGUGCACGAAAGCCUUUACUCAGUCUGGACAAUUGAAAACACAUCAGAGGCUGCACACUGGAGAAAAGCCAUUUUUGUGCACUGAGCCUGGCUGUGAAAUGCGAUUCACUCAUGCCAACAGACAUUGUCCAGACCAUCCAUACGCUACUCUGACUCGGUCAGACGACUUUGUAUUGAAACCUGUAUCUGGGAACACGGAGUUGUCUCAUGAUAUAGCACGAUGGCUUGAGCGCUACAAGAUGUCUAGGGAACGUGAAGACAAAACACCAACGGGUAAAGGAGAGCGUAAGAAGAAGUCUUGGAAGAGUAACGUAGAGAGUCUUAAGAGGGCCAAGUCAAGAAAAGGUCUGGUAAUGGAUGCAGAGGGCGAACAAGAAAACGUAGACCGCACUCCUCCAAGUCAGAGAAGGUAUGAGAGUGGUCAAGACAGUCAAGAAGACAGCCAGGAUGAAGAUCCUACAGAAGCAUGCACCGUUCUUCAAGUUUCCGAAGAUGAAGAAGCGACCUCCACGUCAAAACUUCCAGUGACACCUUUGAGACGUCCUCUAGAUAGGUUGCAGCCAAAGAAGCGAUGGUUGAGGGAAGCUUGUUUAGAGCAGCAAUCUGUAAAGCCUCGUCGAGAUGUUCGUUCCAUUGGGGAAUCCUAUGUUUCAAGUUGCGAGGGUCUGGGAGCACGUCGCAUGUUUGAUACGUCUCAUCCUCAUUGGAUAGCUUCUACGACAGAUAUUUCCCAAGAGGACUCCGAAGCAACAUCCUCUGCAAGACUUUCCGAGGAAGGUGGUGCACCUACAGCAAUCUCUCAUCUUACCUGGAACAUUCAGGCAUCAGAUAAUCAAAAUGAUCCUCAAUUAGGAAUCUGUACACCGUGCGAGUCAUUUUUGAAUCAACGAUGUCAAUUUGACAGAGCUCCCUGUGAAGCGAAUGUCGAUGUUCGAGUUUCCACCGUUGUUUCGCCAGGACAGAGGAGAUUCUGGGAUGUUGAUGCACCUACCGCAGGUAUCACCCUGAACACUGUGGAAAAUGUUAACACGGAGUCUCCAAUUGUGUACACCAAGUCUUGCUGUAAUACUGAAAACAAUGUCAGACCUACUGUACUGAUGUUGGCAGGCAGCACCUGCAAUUCAGGAGAUCGUGAGAUAAAGAAGGAGCCUAACAAUUUCAGAGAAGAAGCAGAUGUCAAAGUUGAAGUAAUAGGGCACGGUGAUAGGCAAGUUAAGUUGUCAAUGCCAGAGGAUAAUCAGAAAUGGCUAGGUGCAUUGGCUCUAAUGGAGCUCGCUAAAACGCAAGAGGAAGCUGCUGCAAGAGCUCUUGAACUCGCUGAGGACCUUGCCGGGACAUCUCGUUCUUGCACAAAUUACAUCGAUCUGUAGAUUGUAGGUCUUGACGCCGCUCCAAUCGACUCCCAUUGGGCAAUAUAUGGAUGAAGUUUGGCAUUAUUGUUAGAUGAAAUUAUUGAAUUCCUUUUCGUGUUUAAAUUUGCUUCAGUCCAGUAGUUUAUUGUGUUAAUUUAUACAGUUGAGUGUCAACCUUCAAACAGGUUAGGGAACGAUAGGAUUUAUAGGAAAAGUAAAUCUUUAAAGCAGCGUUGCCAUGGGAUUUAGAUUUAAUGCUUAGUUUAGUACAUCUAAAGUAGUAUAACGUUCAGAGUAUAAGUGUAUAUACUUUUACGCGCCUCAUUCAGUACAUACAUUACAUAUCUUGGGAAGACCGAUAAAAGUCUACGUUAAUGCCUUUUGUGCACAGUUUUUGUCUGUUCAAAACGAAAUUGCUGAAAUUUACUGCAAAUGAUGCAUGAAUCGUUUUUUAAUGUAAAAGAUUAAAUGUUACAAAAAGGUAAUGCGUCGCGUAUGUUUCAGAAAGCGUGCUCAUUGCUUAAUGUUCUAGAUUAGAAUGUUCUCAUUUUAAUUUUAAUUCGUAUUUUUAUUUUGACUUGAUCAUGUACUAAGCUCAUCGUUCAGUUUAAGUCUAAUAAGUCAUCUCAGAGACAGAUUGCUGUCUUUUUAACUGAGAAAAGAUGAUAUUCUGUGAUCCACCGAUUGCCAGAGUCAGUCGUUAUCUUUUAGUGGAAACGAUGGCAUUUAUUCAUGUAUAAUAUAAAAGGAUAAAACGUACUAGAGCAUUGUGAUCAUUAAUGUCUAGUAUUUAAAAGCAUAGCUGUGGUAAAAUCGGAAAAAAGUUACCAAUCUCUUUUAAAUUCAAUGCUUCCAAUUGUGAAAAUGCUUUUUCUAACCGUAUCGAAAGACCGACUAAAUGUUUGGACUCCCUUAGUCGUUGUUAUGAUAAGGGAAAAUGUUUUUAAGCUUUGUGAAAUUACUAAACACCAAGGUGAUUGUUUUUUUUUAUAUAUAGAUGUAUAUAUUUUCGUUCAGGAAGAAACUGGCAACGUUGCAUCCCAGGAAACCAGACAGCUGUCGAUCUCUUUCACUUAUCUUGUUCCUUUAUAAUCAAGAAAAAUCAUAAUUGCCUCUUGAUACCAAUUUUAAGUCGUGCCCAAAAUUACGAGAAGUCUAUUGCGAGGUACGCAGGUUGAGUAAAUUUUCUUUGUGUGAUAUUUAGCUAUUACAACGGAGCGAUGACAAGGGGUCACCUUAUAUCUUAACGAUCACGUCUGAGUUUGUAAGAUAUUUUAACCGGAACUCAAUGCACUGCUAUUUAUAUCGUGUGUAUGCGGAAAAUCGAACAAAAUUUAUUAUACAACUUAUAUCGAUCUAUGUUAAGGCAGUGCCUUUGACGAAAAUGUUAUUACGCGAUCGCUCGUCAAAUCUUUCUUCCGAUCAAUCGUGUAUAUACUUUAAAAUAUAUUAAUGUAUAUAUAUCUUAUUUUAAUAAAUAUUUUCUGAUAAA